GCCGGUCAGGCUGAGCACAGAGGGUAGGGGGCGGCGGCGCCUGCAGCGGCUGCUACAUCGGCGGCAGAAGAGGAGGCUUCGUGAUUUCCGCGGUCUGGGCAGUGCGUGGCCACGCGAGUAGCCGUUGGAGUAGUAGGUACGAUUUGCCCGUGAGGAGCCAUUGAGACUUCCUGUCUCCCUUGUUUGAGCGCUUCAGUCCCUGCUUGUGUGGCAAACCCUGGGGACGGCAGGUCACCCUGCGGCCCCGGCCCUCCCGCCUCAUUUCAGGCAUAAUGGUUAUGAAAGCUUCUGUAGAAGACGAUGAUUCGGGAUGGGAGCUCAGUAUACCAGAAAAGAUGGAAAAAAGCAAUACAAACUGGGUGGACAUAACUCAAGAUUUUGAAGAAGCUUGUCGAGAAUUAAAGUUGGGAGAACUACUUCAUGAUAAGCUAUUUGGUCUUUUUGAAGCCAUGUCUGCCAUUGAAAUGAUGGAUCCCAAGAUGGAUGCUGGCAUGAUUGGAAACCAAGUUAAUCGAAAAGUUCUCAAUUUUGAACAAGCCAUCAAGGAUGGUACCAUUAAAAUUAAAGACCUCACCUUGCCGGAAUUGAUAGGGAUAAUGGAUACAUGUUUUUGCUGUUUGAUAACAUGGUUAGAAGGCCACUCCUUGGCACAGACAGUAUUUACGUGCCUUUACAUUCAUAAUCCAGACUUUAUAGAAGACCCUGCCAUGAAAGCUUUUGCUCUGGGAAUCUUGAAAAUCUGUGACAUUGCAAGGGAAAAAGUAAAUAAAGCUGCUGUUUUUGAAGAGGAAGAUUUUCAGUCAAUGACUUACGGAUUUAAAAUGGCUAACAGUGUCACAGAUCUUCGAGUUACAGGCAUGCUAAAGGAUGUGGAGGAUGACAUGCAAAGAAGAGUAAAGAGUACUCGAAGUCGACAAGGAGAAGAAAGAGAUCCAGAAGUUGAACUAGAACACCAACAGUGUUUAGCAGUAUUCAGCAGAGUGAAAUUUACUCGAGUGUUACUGACAGUGCUUAUUGCCUUUACUAAGAAGGAGACCAGUGCUGUUGCAGAAGCUCAAAAAUUGAUGGUUCAAGCAGCAGAUCUUCUUUCUGCCAUUCAUAACUCAUUGCAUCAUGGCAUCCAGGCCCAGAAUGAUACUACAAAAGGGGAUCAUCCAAUUAUGAUGGGUUUUGAGCCCCUUGUUAACCAGAGGCUACUUCCACCCACUUUUCCUCGAUAUGCAAAGAUAAUUAAAAGAGAAGAAAUGGUCAACUAUUUUGCAAGAUUAAUAGAUAGAAUAAAAACUGUUUGUGAGGUGGUAAACUUAACAAAUUUACACUGUAUCCUGGAUUUUUUCUGUGAGUUUAGUGAACAAUCACCUUGUGUUCUUUCAAGGUCUCUAUUACAAACCACUUUCCUGGUUGAUAACAAAAAGGUCUUUGGAACUCAUCUCAUGCAAGACAUGGUGAAAGAUGCCCUUCGGUCUUUUGUCAGUCCUCCGGUGCUUUCCCCAAAGUGCUGCCUAUAUAAUAACCACCAGGCUAAGGACUGUAUUGACUCCUUUGUUACUCACUGUGUUCGGCCAUUCUGCAGUCUUAUUCAGAUCCAUGGGCAUAACAGGGCUCGUCAGAGAGACAAGCUGGGUCAUAUUCUUGAGGAAUUUGCCACCUUGCAGGAUGAGGCAGAGAAGGUUGAUGCGGCACUUCACACUAUGCUGUUGAAACAGGAACCCCAAAGGCAACAUUUGGCCUGUUUAGGCACCUGGGUCCUUUACCAUAACCUUAGAAUUAUGAUACAGUAUCUUUUAAGUGGCUUUGAAUUGGAACUCUACAGCAUGCACGAGUACUACUACAUAUAUUGGUACCUCUCUGAGUUCCUUUAUGCAUGGUUGAUGUCGACAUUAAGUCGUGCCGAUGGCUCUCAGAUGGCAGAGGAAAGGAUAAUGGAAGAGCAACAGAAGGGCCGUAGCAGUAAAAAGACAAAGAAAAAGAAGAAAGUUCGCCCUUUGAGCCGAGAAAUCACAAUGAGCCAGGCCUAUCAGAACAUGUGUGCUGGAAUGUUUAAGACCAUGGUAGCAUUUGACAUGGAUGGCAAAGUACGAAAACCCAAGUUUGAACUCGAUAGUGAACAAGUGCGGUAUGAGCACAGAUUUGCUCCGUUCAACAGUGUGAUGACCCCACCCCCAGUACACUAUCUGCAGUUCAAGGAGAUGUCUGACCUCAAUAAAUACAGCCCUCCUCCUCAGUCUCCAGAUCUGUAUGUGGCAGCUAGUAAGCACUUCCAGCAAGCGAAAAUGAUACUGGAAAACAUCCCCAACCCAGAUCAUGAGGUCAAUAGAAUUUUAAAGGUCGCCAAACCCAACUUUGUGGUUAUGAAGCUAUUGGCGGGAGGACACAAAAAGGAGUCUAAGGUUCCUCCCGAAUUUGAUUUCUCUGCUCAUAAAUAUUUUCCCGUUGUGAAGCUUGUUUGAGAUUGAAAGGUGACCAUAAAGGGGUAAAGUCUACUUUCAGAUUCUACUCUUGGCGGAUCCAUCCAUCAGUCUUACCACCUAAUAUGAAGUGAAAUGGAUUUCUUGGAUAACAACCCAUUAUAAAGAAUUCUUUUAAUUUGACAGCCUUAUAUGACAUGAAUGAAAACUGCUGUUUUAAAGUGGUUUAUUAUGUCCAUGGGUAACACUGCUCUGGUUGAAUGCAUUGAGGAACCUUGUAUGGUUUUAUUACAGAUUUAAUCAUAAAUCAUUUUUUAUGAAUGGUUGAGAAUAGUGUUUGUAAAGGUUAAUAAAUUUCUUGACAAAAAUGUAUUACUGGAGAUGAAAACAAUAGCACUUUGUUAAUACAUGUUAAGAACUGAAGGUGUUUACUCUUUAACAUUUGAGUAAUUCAAACAAAUUAUCCAAAAGAUGUUUCAAAUCAAAGGAUUUAUUAAACACUUAUAUGGGAUCUUAGCAAAAUACAUUUCAGAGGGAUUUUAGGAGGGACUUCUAAGCUAUCUAUAUAGGAAGGCUAAAUUACAUGAGGAUUGUGAUUUUAUGUGUCAUGAUAUCUUAAAUUAUAUACCUGUAAGAAUGUAGAUGCUUUUUAAAUACAUCUUUAACAUUUACUUGGGUACUUUUAAAAGGUUUAAAAUUUAGACCAAGCCCCUGAAAAGUACUUAGAAAAAAAAGUAACCAAAUUACAACUAGUGCUAUCUUCCAAGUGUGUAAGCUUGAGAAAGGAACUUCAUCAAUCUAGAAAUUGCUCGUGCAAUUAAUGGAAUGUGAAUUUUUGAAAUAUGUAACACACAUCCUGAUGGCAUUGAGCUAUCCUGGGGCAAACUGAAUAGAGAAGGUAACAACAAAAAACCACGGCUCUAGGGAAGUGGGCUGACUACUUUUUUCAGCAGGAGCAACACCUGACGGUGAGAACCCAGGGCUGCUAGAAGUGCAGAGGAAUUUGGAGGCGGCACGUUGGAGUCUGGUGCCUUGCCUUAAACAGUUUGCUUCAGGUGAUGAAUUUGGUUGAUUUGAUAUUUGCAAAGCAAUCCAAGCAGAAGUUGCUAUAUCAAAUACCUCCAAAUCUUAAGGAGAGUAGGGAAACCAGAACCAGUUGCUUUUGCCAUAAGGAGUCAUAAAAUAAAACUUGAGAUGACUAUUUUUGUCAUCCUACAAGCUGCCAGAGGUAUUUUAAAAUUCUGCUUUUGAAGACUUGAAAUGACCUGGCUGAGACACUCAACCAGUUCACCUAGGCAUUCAUUUACACUGUAAGAUUUUCUAGUCCUCUGCUAAUAAUGCCUUCCAUUCCUUACAUUUAAAAAGGAUGUAGCUCAGGCUGGGUGGCUCAGUUAGUUGGAAAAUCAUCCCAUGAACCAAAAGGUUGUGGGUUCAAUCCCUGGUUGGGGUGCAUAUGGGAGGCAACUAAUCAAUGUUUCUGUCUCCCUUCCUCUCUAAAAUCAAACAUAGGUCAGGAUUAAUUUUUUUUUUUAAAGAAGGUACAUCAGCUUUUGGAAGGUCAUGUAAAGUUAUUCAACAACUCUGAACUUCUAAACUCCUGCAAAAUUAUAGAUAUACAGUAUCUGUAACUUUCUGUCUAUAAUUCAAACAUUAAGCCAUGCUUAAAGGAAGGCGUGGUACUUUGUUUUGAUCACAGAUAUGUCACCUGUAGACUUCUAGAAUAAUUUUUGAAUGAGCCCAUCUCAAAAAACUAGAACAAGAUUGUCCUUUGUGGCGGGGAGGGGGGACUGGCAGUUGUAGGAUGCUGGUUGAGGUCACAAAAUUACUCUUAAAUGAUACUCAGGUGUUAAAUGUUAAUAAUGUGGCAGCUUUUUUGGAGAGUUAAAAGUUGGGUGACUGCUUAAAUACGAACAUAAGAUAAAGGCAGAUAUGGUCCAUCACCCCUUAAUGGACAUUCCAUUACUGUCAUUUCACAACAGCUUUCAGAGAGACACAUUAGUAAAAAGCAAGGAACUCUUUCACAAAGACUCUGGCUUACCUCUUACCGCUAAGUGGGUUUUCAUCUGAAUGUCUUUGUGUUUAACAUUCAUUUGAAAGACAUUUGUUCGUCUAAAUCUGUUUAUGAAGGUUCCUAAAGGCAAACCUCAGUUACAUGGAAAAUUAGGUUAUCUAGGACAUCUCUAAUCGAUCACAAUCAUUUAUUUGGCUCAAGAGUCAAGUAUUUACCAAGCACCCAUUGUAGAACUGGAAUCUCUAAGCAUCUAAGUUGUAUAAGCAGAACUUGCUGUGUCACUCAACUCAGGACAAGGUAGCACUUUAUUCCAAGGAGUAAGAAUAAAGAACAAGCACUUGUCUCAACUGGUUAGGGUCUUGGUUAUAAAACUCAUUAUCUGAAGGUCUGUAUAAUUUGAAGAUGAGACUAUUCAAAGUCAUUUAACUUGCCCAGAGAUACACACCAUUCAGCGUAUACAUAACCAGAAUUUUACAAACCAGAUUUAAAGAACAGUAGCUUAGUACACUUUAAAAAGUGUUGCUCUCAGAGCUAAGAAAUAGCCUACAAAUACACAAACAUUUAAACACAAAAUGAAAAUAAACUUUCCCCAACUUUCUGACACUAAUGAACAUUUGCAGCGUCUAAGCUGACAUGAGGGG